UCCAAAAACCUCAGAACCAGGCUCCCAGCCCAGCUUUCGCAUUUCUGCUGCUACACCUUGCGAGUGUCCCCCCAUGUCAACGCGGCUCAACUCCGCGAGGAAGUCGCAGCCGCCGCGCUCCUCCGACAGGAGGGACGCUGCGAUCCAGGAGCUCAGGAGGGGCACCCAGCUGGCAGAUCUGCUCAGGAAGCAGGUGAAGCUCAUCCCGGAGCCAAACCGCCGUGACGCUGCAGUGGCCAACGUGGGCGAGAUAUCCAUGGCCAUGGAGUCGUCGCUCAACAUCCUCCAGUAUGAGAUCUCCUCCCCCGAGGUCGGCACGGUGGACAUGGCUGCGCACGCUGGCUACUCCUCCGAUGGAGGCACCGGGGAAAGAAAUGGUGCCGUUCCCCGUACCAGAAGGGUGAGGCACCGGCGAGGCAGGCAUGGAGUUGAGCUCCCAAUGAAGGAGAUACUGACUGAGGCACCAGAAAACGAUCGUUUCCACUGGAGGAAAUAUGGUGAGAAGACCAUCCUCAAUGCUGAAUAUCCAAGGUUAUACUACAAAUGUGGUUACAGCGAUGACCACAAGUGUCCAGCAAAGAAAUACGUGCAGCAGCAAAGCAACAGCGGCCAUCCACGUUUCAUGGUCACCCUGAUCAACGAGCAUACGUGCGAAGCUUUGUUCCCGGAUGAGCCCACCUCAAGCAGCAGUAGUGCUUCGCAGGUUCUCGACUUCACAAAGGCAUCGCUUUCUCCUCCAUUGAUGGCCGCCGCUGCCUCAGGGUCGUUGAAGAAAGAGGAAGAAGACAGCAUGUCUGUGUGUAUGCACAGCUACUCGUAUGAUGAAUACUUGUCUUCUUCGUUCCCAACGAUGUCGCCAGAUGGAGAUCAGGUCCAAUUUUCUCCGGGGCCCGGGUGGUAGCAUUCUAAUAAAUGAGUUAGUUAGAUACACAAACCUGUUUAAUUAUUUCUUGUUUUAGCAGCUAGUCGAACCAUAAAUAAUCUAGCGACGACUCAUGCACCGCAAGAGUUUCCUCGUUAUUAGCACCAAGUAUGCAUGAUAUGCAUGGUGUUAAUUACACUUUCCUGUUCUAUCAACGGUUUAUUAGAUGGAUAUGGUUUCUCUUUGGACGUA